AUGAAGAUUUGUGGAUCCCUGGCAUUUAAUUUCCUGGUGGCCAUCCGCUGCACUCUGGUAAAUUGCACUUGUGAAUGUUUCCAGCCGGGGAAGAUAAACCUGCGGACCUGUGACCAGUGCAAACAUGGCUGGGUGGCUCACGCCUUGGACAAACUCAGCACUCAGCACCUCUACCAUCCGACCCAGGUGGAGAUAGUUCAAUCCAACGUGGUGUUUGACAUCAGCAGCCUGAUGUUGUAUGGGACCCAGGCUGUCCCCGUGCGUCUCAAGAUCCUACUUGACCGGCUCUUCAGCGUGCUCAAACAGGAGGAGGUGCUGCAGAUCCUGCACGGCCUGGGCUGGACACUCCGUGACUACGUCCGUGGCUACAUUCUUCAGGAUGCUGCAGGCAAGGUGCUGGACCGCUGGGCCAUCAUGUCCCGGGAAGAGGAGAUCAUUACCCUCCAGCAGUUCCUGAGGUUCGGAGAAACCAAAUCCAUCGUGGAGCUGAUGGCAAUUCAAGAGAAGGAAGGGCAAGCAGUAGCUGUACCAGGUUCAAAGGCAGAUUCUGAUAUCAGGACUUUUAUAGAAGGUAACAACCGUGCCAGAAGUCCUAGUGUGCUGUCUCAUCUAGAGAACGGCAAUCCUUCCAGUAUCCACCAUUUUGAAAACAUCCCCAACAGCUUGGCGUUCCUGCUUCCAUUCCAGUACAUCAAUCCAGUCUCUGCUCCUUUACUCGGGCUUCCUCCAAACGGAGUCCUGCUCGAACAGCCCAGUCUGAGAUUGAGGGAGCCAAACCUUCCCAUUCAGAACGAACACGUUGAGAGCAGCAAGUCGGAAGUUUCUAUCUCACCGUUCGGAAAUGACCAGGCAAACGGCAGAAAUAUCAGCAGCAUUACCAAUGUCGAGCCCAAAAUAGAGCCCAACAACCUUUCGCCCACUCACACUUCGCCUCCUGCAAGCGAUCCAAUCAAGCUGGACAUCCCCAAAAGUAGCUUUCUGACCGCAAAGAUUCAAAGGAUGAAAAGGAUGGGUCAGACACCCAGAAAAGGGCGUGUGGUCUGCAAUGCCUGUACUAAGACUUUCUAUGACAAAGGUACUCUCAAGAUCCACUACAAUGCUGUCCACCUGAAGAUCAAGCAUCGGUGUACAAUCGACGGGUGCAAUAUGGUUUUCAGCUCCCUGCGGAGCCGUAACAGGCACAGUGCUAACCCCAACCCACGCCUCCACAUGCCCAUGCUGAGGAACAACAGAGACAAGGACCUCAUCCGAGCCACGUCUGGAGCAGCUACUCCAGUCAUCUCCAGCACAAAAUCAAGCUUAAGUUUAACAUCUCCUGGACGUCCUUCUAUGGGUUUCAGUUCUCCUUCGAUAGACCCAGUGCUGCAAAACCCUUUGGUCUUCCCUUCACUAAAGACAGUUCAGCCCGUUCCUCCAUUCUACCGAAGCCUCCUGACGUCCGGUGAACUGGUGAGCCCUCCUACAUCGCUGCCCACCAGCCCCAUAAUGCCAGUGCCCGGCAUCGAGCAGGCUUCUCUCACCGAGCCACAAGCUUCCGCACUUUUACCUCCUCAAGAGCAGCACACGGCAGAUCUCGCCCCCAAGAAAAAGUCCCGGAAAUCGAGCAUGCCUGUGAAGAUUGAGAAGGAGGUGAUCGACACCGCCGAUGAGUACGAUGAUGAUGACAAGUCCAGGGACAACUGUGUCUUGAGCAAUGAUGGCAUCCACGACGAUGAGAUGAAUAACUGUGACUCACACGACGAGAUGAGUCCCGGCCUCCCCGUGAAGGGCACCCUGGCUGGGGACGAGGAGAGAAGCCUGGGUGGGCUGGAGGACAAACAAAUGGGCAGCAUCACGUCUGAAGACCAAGAGCACGACCGGGACUUUGAGGAUGAGUCGGAAAGCUCUGACCCCAAGAUGUGCGACGAGCCCAUGGACAACGAUGAACAAACACACAAAGACAUGUAUGACAAGGAUGAGAUGUUGAGUGGCAAGGAUGAAGACAAGCGCAAUGCGCACUCCCCUCAUCCAGAAACCAUCAAGAUAAAGGAGGAGUUCACUGACCCAACCUAUGACAUGUUUUUCAGUAUCAGCCAGUAUGGGUUGUACAAUGGCGGAGGGGGGAGCAUGCCUGCCCUUCAAGAAGGCUUCUCACCUUCAGUGGGCUAUAGCAGCCCCCAGAAAUUCUCACCAGAGAGCGAACUGUGCUUGAGUCCCGAUCCCAAGAUUUGUUACGUGUGCAAGAAGAGCUUUAAAAGCUCCUACAGCGUGAAGUUACACUACAAGAACGUUCACCUGAAGGAGAUGCACGUCUGCACGGUUGAAGGCUGCAAUGCUGCAUUCCCAUCGCGGAGAAGCAGAGACAGCCUGUUUGUUUCUGCCACAACUGAUCUCCAUCAAGCACCACAGGAAACUCUCCUCUCUCAACUGCACUGCCGGCACCUCAUACACAGAAUACCGCACAGGCACAGCGCAAAUAUAAACCUGCACCGCAAGCUGCUGACCAAAGAACUGGAUGACAUGGGAAUGGAUCCAGCUCUGCCAUUGGCCAAGGACCUCCGUGAAGAAUUCUUGGCAAAGAUCUACAGCGGGCAACAUGGAAUAGGGCUGGACAUGAGGGACGAAGCCAGCUCACCAGCCGGAACAGAAGACUCCCACACCAAUGGGUACGGAAGGGGGACCGCAGAUGACUACAUGGUCUUGGACCUCAGCACCACCUCCAGUAUCCAGUCUGGCAGCAGUGUCCACUCAUCACGGGAGUCGGAAGCCGGGAGCGAUGAGGGAAUCCUGCUGGACGAUAUUGACGGUGCCAGCGACAGUGGAGAAUCCAUUCACAGGGCAGAGGGCCAAUUCCGGGGAGCCGGCUCCAGCAGCGAGAUCCUAGAGCCUUCCAUACUGCAAUCGGCGUCAACUAGCAACGGCGGGAUCAUGUGCAUCAUCUGCCAUAAAAUGUACAGCAACAAGGGGACUCUGAGGGUGCAUUACAAGACCGUGCACCUCCGCGAAAUGCACAAGUGCAAGGUACCCGGCUGCAACAUGAUGUUCUCCUCCCUGCGUAGCCGGAACCGGCACAGCCAGAACCCUAACCUACACAAAAACAUUCCCUUUGCCUCCUUAGAAUAA